AUGUCCUGUCGCUCCUACAGGAUCAGCUCAGGAUGUGGAGUUACCCGAAACUUCAGCUCCUGCUCAGCUGUGGCCCCUAAAACUGGCAACCGCUGCUGCAUCAGUGCUGCUCCAUUCCGAGGAGUGUCCUGCUACAGGGGAUUGACCGGCUUCAGCAGCCGAAGUCUCUGUAACCCGAGCCCCUGUGGGCCCCGCAUGGCUGUGGGAGGCUUCCGCUCAGGGUCCUGUGGACGCAGCUUUGGAUACCGCUCAGGGGGUGUUUGUGGGCCCAGUCCCCCCUGCAUCACCACCGUCUCUGUCAAUGAGAGCCUGCUCACGCCCCUCAACCUGGAGAUCGACCCCAAUGCUCAGUGCGUGAAGCAUGAGGAGAAGGAACAGAUCAAGUGCCUCAACAGCAAGUUCGCAGCCUUCAUUGACAAGGUGCGCUUCCUGGAGCAGCAGAACAAGCUGCUGGAGACCAAGUGGCAGUUCUACCAGAACCAGCGCUGCUGCGAGAGCAACCUAGAGCCCCUGUUUGGAGGCUACAUCGAGGCACUGAGGCGGGAGGCUGAGUGUGUGGAGGCUGAUGGUGGGCGGCUGGCUGCUGAGCUCAACCACGUGCAGGAGGCCAUGGAGGGCUACAAGAAGAAGUAUGAAGAGGAGGUAGCUCUGAGGGCUACCGCAGAAAAUGAGUUUGUGGUUCUGAAGAAGGAUGUGGACUGUGCCUACUUACGUAAAUCAGACCUGGAGGCCAACGUGGAGGCCUUGGUGGAGGAGUCCAGCUUCCUGAAGCGCCUCUAUGAAGAGGAGAUCCGUGUUCUGCAAGCCCAUAUCUCAGACACUUCAGUCAUCGUGAAGAUGGACAACAGCCGGGACCUGAACAUGGACUGUGUUGUUGCUGAGAUCAAGGCUCAGUAUGAUGACGUUGCCAGCCGCAGCCGGGCAGAGGCUGAGUCCUGGUACCGCACCAAGUGUGAGGAGAUGAAGGCCACAGUGAUCCGGCAUGGGGAGACCCUGCGCCGCACAAAGGAGGAGAUCAACGAGCUGAACCGCAUCAUCCAGAGGCUGACGGCUGAGAUUGAGAAUGCCAAGACCCAGCGUGCUAAGCUGGAGACAGCUGUGGCCGAGGCAGAGCAGCAGGGAGAGGCCGCCCUCACUGAUGCCCGCUGCAAGCUGGCUGAGCUGGAGGCUGCCCUACAGAAGGCCAAGCAGGACAUGGCCUGCCUGCUCAAGGAGUACCAGGAGGUGAUGAACUCCAAGCUGGGCCUGGACAUUGAGAUCGCCACCUAUAGGCGCCUGCUGGAGGGCGAGGAGCACAGGCUAUGCGAGGGUGUGGGCUCCGUGAAUGUCUGUGUCAGCAGCUCCCGUGGUGGAGUCGCAUGUGGGGGGCUCACAUAUGGUACAACCCCAGGGCGCCAGAUUGCCUCUGGCCCCUCUGCCACUGGGGGCAGCAUCUCAGUGAUGGCCCCUGACUCCUGCACUCCUUGCCAGCCAAGAUCCUCCAGCUUCAGCUGUGGGAGCAGUCGCUCAGUGCGCUUUGCUUAG